CUGACUUUUGCUGUCCAACAGGGACAAGAACUAGCUGGAACCUUUCUGAUGCUUAUGUUGGUAUCUUACUAUUUCCACCUGUGGUUUGCAUCCCUGCCUCUGAAGACUUCUAGCAAAAUUUAAUAUUUUCAGAAUGAAUGCUAAGCAUAUGGAAAUUGGAAACUUCUAGUCUUCUGGGAGAGCUCUUAGGUGUUUGUUUAAACAGUUUAGUUGUGUUGGUGUUGGAGAAUAAGUGGGAAGGUUGAGUACCACUUGUUUGGGUUUGGCCUGUGUUGUGUGUCUUCUUUUUGCUAUGAAGUGAAAAUAAAAUACUGCUGGAUUUGACAAGAAAGUUCUUUGUAGCAUUGUAUCCAAAUAAAAGCUCCUGUUUCAGCAAUCAGUCAGUCUUUAUAUUGUGCUUCAAAUAAAUGUGCUGUGUGAUGAGAUGGAGUUUUUUAUUUCAGUUGAAACUUUGCUUUAAUUAGAUUCUGUUGGAGGAUCUUGGGAAGGGAUUUUUUCCCCCUGUAUCUCAGUGUCUGUAGUAUCUUAGUAAUUAUUUAUAGGCUGUACUGCAGAAUUGUUUGUGGCAUUGAGUAAUUCAGUGUUUUGAGGAAAUCAGCAAAGUUCAAAAUAAAUAGUUACCAGCAGCACUACUUCAGGAGUUCCUCUUCAGCCUUGGUUUUGUGAAGAUUUAACAUUUGCUAGGCCAGCUACCUCUUCCUCUGGUACAUCUGGAUUUCCUCUGAGUUGGGCUGGGGAAGGAUUAAACUCUGAAUUACUGUAUAUCAAAGCCUAUAUAUUUUCAGAUGCUGAAGGGAAGCUCUAGUGAGGGGUUCACUGGAAGAUGCCCCCAACAGCUGCUCUUCUUUCCAUAGCCCUGGUCAAGAACUAGCAGUAAAUAAUGAUCAGCACCAGUUAACCUUUGCUUUCCUGAGCCCACCGCUUCUCUUACUCCAACAGCACCUCUUGCUUUUUCCCCAAAACCCUGGGGUCUGUCCAGGCACUGGCAGUGGGACUGGGGAUCAAGGACGCUUGGUGUAGGAGUGACCUGAAGAGAAAGUGGGGAAAGAAAAGAGUGUGAUGCCUUACUGUGAGACUUUUAGCUGUUGUAGACUCAUGGGUGUAGCUUCUUUGUGACUAUUUUCUGUACACUGACAGUGCUGGAGGAUGCUUUGUGUUGACAUAAAUAAGAAAUGUGGUGCCCCUGCUCUUCUGUCCUGCACUGUAGGGAUUAGUGAAGGUGAGCAGUGGGUGGUCUGGGGGGGUUACACUGAUAUUCUGCUUCAGUGUCUAUCAGUAAAGUAGUUGAUCGUUUCAAUAUCUGUAUUUCUACAGUUUCUGUGCCAUUAUUUUAGUUUAUCAAGAUGUUUUAAAAUAAGCUUUUAUUUCUAUUUAUUUUUAUAAUGGGAAGUCGGAGCUGAUCCUGGAUCCUGUGGUAUUUCUGUACUGCAGAGAUGAGCUCUGUGGCGACAGACAAGGUUGCAGGCAAGCUGAGCUCCACUCUCUCAUGGGUGAAGAACACGGUAUCGCACACCGUCAGUCAAAUGGCCAGCCAGGUGGCGAGUCCAUCUGCCUCCCUGCACACCACAUCCCCCUCCACCACUCUGUCCACACCCGCCCUGUCACCAUCCUCACCAACACAGCUGAGCCCAGACGACUUGGAAUUACUUGCUAAACUUGAGGAACAGAACAGACUCUUGGAAACAGAUAGCAAAUCCUUACGAUCAGUAAAUGGGUCAAGAAGAAAUAGUGGAUCUUCUCUUGUAUCUAGUUCAUCAGCUUCUAGCAAUCUCAGCCAUCUUGAAGAAGACUCAUGGAUCCUGUGGGGAAGGAUUGUGAAUGAAUGGGAAGAUGUACGGAAGAAGAAAGAAAAGCAAGUUAAGGAGCUGGUUCGAAAAGGUAUACCUCAUCACUUCAGAGCAAUUGUUUGGCAACUUUUAUGCAGUGCUCAAAGCAUGCCAAUUAAGGAUCAGUAUUCAGAGCUUUUAAAAAUGACAUCUCCUUGUGAAAAAUUAAUAAGAAGGGACAUUGCUAGAACAUACCCUGAACAUGAUUUUUUCAAAGAAAAAGAUAGCCUUGGGCAGGAGGUCUUGUUCAACGUAAUGAAGGCUUACUCUUUGGUGGAUCGUGAGGUUGGAUACUGUCAAGGAAGUGCUUUUAUAGUUGGAUUAUUGCUUAUGCAGAUGCCAGAAGAAGAGGCAUUCUGUGUGUUUGUUAAAUUAAUGCAAGAUUACAGACUACGAGAACUCUUUAAACCAAGCAUGGCUGAACUGGGCCUUUGUAUGUACCAGUUUGAAUGCAUGAUACAGGAACAUCUUCCGGAGCUUUAUGUGCACUUUCAGUCUCAGAGUUUCCACACUUCUAUGUAUGCAUCGUCGUGGUUUUUAACUAUAUUCCUUACAACUUUUCCACUACCAAUUGCAACGAGAAUAUUUGAUAUCUUUAUGUCUGAGGGUUUAGAGAUAGUAUUUCGAGUAGGCUUAGCGUUACUUCAGAUGAACCAGGCAGAACUACUGCAACUUGACAUGGAAGGAAUGUUACAGCACUUUCAAAAGGUCAUUCCACAUCAGUUUGACAGUGGUCCAGACAAAUUAAUCCAAGCAUCUUACCAGGUCAAAUACAAUGCAAAAAAGAUGAAAAAGCUAGAAAAAGAGUACACUACAAUAAAGACAAAAGAAAUGGAAGAACAAGUUGAAAUUAAAAGGCUACGAACUGAAAAUAGACUCCUAAAGCAACGCAUUGAAACACUAGAAAAAGAAAGUGCUUCCUUGGCAGAUAGAUUGAUACAGGGACAAGUGACAAGGGCCCAGGAGGCUGAGGAAAACUACCUCAUAAAACGGGAGCUGGCCACCAUCAAACAGCAGAGUGAUGAGGCCAAUACUAAACUGGAGCAAGCUGAGAAUACCAUCAGGGAGCUCCAGCAACAGCAGCAAUGGCAUAAAUGCAGUUCACGAUACAGUGAAGACUUUGUGCUACAGCUGGAAAAAGAGCUGGUCCAAGCCAGGCUGAGUGAAGCAGAAUCCCAUUGUGCCCUGAAGGAGAUGCAAGAUAAAGUUCUAGAGAUGGAAAAGAGGAACAGCUCCCUCCCUGAUGAGGAAAAUGUUGCCAGACUACAAGAAGAACUGAUUGCAGUAAAAUUAAGAGAAGCAGAAUCUUUGAUGGGUCUCAAAGAACUAAGGCAGCAAGUCAAAGAUUUGGAAGAACACUGGCAGCGUCAUUUAGCUCGUACCACUGGAAGAUGGAAAGAUCCUCCCAAAAAAAAUGCAGUGAAUGAGCUACAGGAUGAGCUGAUGACAGUGCGGUUGAGAGAAGCAGAAACUCAGGCUGAGCUGAAAGAGACCAAACAAAGAAUGAUGGAGGUGGAGACACAGAACCAGAUCAAUAGUAAUCACUUAAGAAGGGCAGAGCAAGAGGUUACCAACCUACAGGAGAAGGUGCAGUACCUUUCUGCACAGAACAAAGGACUUCUGGCUCAGUUGAAUGAAGCAAAACGUAGACAGGCAGAGAUUGAAUGCAAGAGUAAAGAAGAAGUGAUGGCAGUACGGCUCCGUGAGGCAGACCGCAUUGCAGCUGUGGCAGAACUCCAGCAGCAUAUUGCUGAAUUAGAAAUCCAGAAAGAAGAAGGAAAAAUUCAAGGGCAGCUUAAUAAAUCUGAUUCUAACCAGUACAUCAGAGAACUGAAAGAUCAGAUAGCUGAGCUUCAUCAUGAGAUCAAAUGCCUAAAAGGCCAGAGAAACUUCUCAGACCAACCCACUUUUGAUGGGAUUCACAUUGUCAACCAUUUCACAGGAGAUGAUGAAUCAUUUCAUUCUUCUGAUGAAGAUUUUAUAACUAACUCCAUACAGGAGAGUGGGGUGAACUUUCAUCUUCCCAGGAGAACUGGUCAGAUGUCUUUGGAUCACACACUUGUAGACAGCAGUGACAGUGAUACUGAGGAAAGUGCCCUUCAGACUGGGAAUUCAGACAAGAUGGUUUCUAAGCAGAGAAGAAUGGAAUCUUACUCUACUACUGUGUGAUUAUCACUGUGACUAGCACUGAAGACUUCCAUCUUUCUUUAAGGCUGAAAUUGUGAGGGAACUGAAACCAUCUAGAAGUUGGUUUAGCUAACUAUGGAUUUGGUCUGGCCUGUGAUAAAUAUAUACAUGUACUGUCUAUCUGCCUUCUCUCUUUGCCAAAUCUUACUAAUGACAUACCAUUGCCAUAAAAUAGGCUGGGAAGAAGUUGAUGGAUGACAGUUUUGACAGUAUUACUGAAUGUUCUUUGGUUUAGAAACUGCAAAUAUAUUAUUUCUUUAAUGUGUAAGAAGCAUUUUUGCUGAUCACAAACACAGGAAUUAUUUUCCUCAAAAGAAAUUGCUUUUGUGCAAUAUUUUAUGCUCUGAACAAAUGUGUAUGUUUUACAUUGUUAUCCUUUUGUGAUCAAGAUGGAUCCUAGUAAACCAUCUGAUCAUGACACACAUAUAUAUAUAUAAUUAUCUUAUGCUUCUCAAUUAGUUUUGGUUUUUUACUAAAGUUGAUGGAUGCCCACAGAAGGCUUGAAAGACAAGCCUUUAUCUGUACUACUUCAUAUAUGCAAAUAAUGGUCACUAAUGUCAUGAAGGUGUUUUUCACUAUUUUCACUUAAACCUAUGUGCAUCUGCUUUUGAUGUUGCUAAAUAAUAACUGGUCUGAACAUGUUAAUUACAAUAAUGUUUAUUUUGUACAUAUUUAUGUAUCUACACCAAGCUGAAAAUGUACAUUACUCCAUUUUAUAUGAGGAAUGUAAAUGUUGCGAUAUUACUGUCUCUGGUAUUCUAACAGGAAAAUGAAUUCUGUAUAUAUACACUAAAAGUGAAUUACUAAAUAAAAGCAAAACACUAACUUUGCAUUAAGUUUCAGCCUAGCUACACUAACAGGCUCAUGUCAGAAAUGCUUGUUCAAAACACUAUUGACUGAAAUCUUUUACCUUCAUGUAUAUGUAAUGAAAAUAAAUUUUUCAUGAUUUAACAAGGUUGCAGCAUUUACUGUUUAGUCCCUUCCAAGCUAUAGUCCUUGGUUACCACAUAGUUACUUGCAGGCUCUAGCUAGGUUCAAAUAAGGUGAAGAAUUAUUCACGUCUUAGUUUUAAUGAAGACAUGGUCAGUGCAGUGGAAAUAUGUACAUUCAGUCCUCUUACAAUUUAUAUUACAGAGCUAUCUAGGAAAUAAGCUAUUGGUGCCAUCACCAAACAGCUGUGAUUGAACAAAGCAGAAAGAGCAGAGCUGAACAAUCUGCUCCUAGUCUCUCAAAAACUGAGAUCCAGUGAAACAGUUUCUUGGACAGAGCAAGAGAUUCUACUGUUGUCUUAUGAAAAUUUACGUGCACUUGCAGACACAUUCUAGUCAAGAAUAUUCUGUUAUCGCAAUCCUAUGUAAUUAAGUAAUCUUUAAGACUUCUUUUAGCAAUGUUUGCAGCUGUUCUAUUAAAUAAAAAGUAUAGCAAUACAGAAGUUUGGUACUGAUAGGUAGUGUGUAUGUUAACCAGUUUGCUACCCUGGAGAAGCAGUGCAGCUGUUUAAAAUUGCAAAAAGUAUGGAAGUGUUCAGCUGAAUGCAUCUGCUAGUCCCACUAGGCAUUUCCUUUCCAUUUGUUUUGAAUAUGUUUUCAGAAAGAAACAGCACAAUUAGGAGAUAAUAAACACUCAAAGAAUGAUAGAGAAGACUGUAUGGAAACAGCACAUUAUAGGCAUCUCAACAAUAUUAUCUGCCCAGGUGCAAUCUAAUUUAAAUCUUUAAGCAUGUAGGUGACAAAUUCCAAAAUUACUGAUUUCUGCAGCUCCAACUCAUUUCAGUGUUUCUGCCAAAUUUCCCCAUAUCCUGACGGUGAAUAUGUAGUUCCAAGUACAGCCUGUGGAAAUUGCCACUUCUGAGUUGAAUUAGCUGAGUGAUUCUUAUUCCUGUUGAAAAUGUCAUGUCUGCAAAACCAAAUCAGUACUUUCAUUCACAAAUGAGUAACAGUUGUCUUCUUUCCUUCCAAUGAGCAUCUGCUAAUUUAUGUUUGCACCUGGAUCAUUGUUGCCCAAGAGGAUAGGUGACAAAUGUCUUGUUGCCUGUCAUCAAUACCAGCUGCAAGCCUCUCUUAAAGGUAAUGUUCUGUAAUAAGUGGCAGGCAUAAAUUUCAGUUGGAGUGCCAUAAAAACUCUGUCUGUUUGAAUAGUGAAGUGUUAUGAUUUUGCAAUAACUGCCUUACUGUUCAAGUGAUAGCAAAUGAGAUCAGAUGGCAAGGGUUAUUUCCUGAACUUCUGUGGUUUUAAAGUAUACAAAUAGAAUAAAUACUGAUACUGAAUAACAGCAUAAAUAAAAACAUGCAGAAGUCCUUAUCCAACUGACUACAUCUCUUCUAGUGAUAAAAGUGAAUCACUGAACAUACUGCAGUUUCAGACUUGGUUGUACACCGACUAUCCUAGAAAGACAGUCAAGGAUAGGCUCUUCAGAAUCAUUCUGCUUUUUCUCCAACUCUUUUGGCAAAUAAAUGACACUAAUCUCUUUGCGUAUGUAUAUUAUAAUUUGAAUAUACAUCAGCAUAAUGACAAUUCAUUAACAUAAUAGACAAUAAUAUAUAAUGUGUCAAUAAAUAAAACAUAUUAAUUAUACUGC